CUCCUCGCUCAGUAUAUAAAGCAGGACGACGGCGGACGGAGGACGGCUGGGGAGUCGCAGCCCGGGAUUGUAAAUAAGACCGUCAAAACUGUGUUAUUUACAAACGUGAUGCCGGCUGUUUUAGAGGCUCGUGCCCAGCUGUUUUAAGUCGUUUUUUGGUCAUUUUUGGCUUUUAUUUCUCGCCUAUUUCCGUGUGGUUUUGACACUACGCAAAUAAUGGCGAGCUCGGCUAACUCGAACCCAGUGCCUAAGUUGUACAAGUCGGUAAUUGAAGAUGUCAUCACCGAAGUACGAGAGCUGUUUUUGGACGAAGGAGUGGAUGAACAAGUGCUUUUGGAGCUCAAAACGCUGUGGGAGAAUAAGCUGUUGCAGUCUAAGGCAGUGGAGGGCUUCCACACAGAGGAGCAGGCGGCUCUCCAAGCUCAGCAGCAACAGCAGCAGGUUCAGCACGUCCACCCCAAUCCACAGGUGACCACAGCACAGGCCCAGCCCGUCAUCCUGCCCACCCAGCAGCAGCAAGCUGCCCAGCAACAAGUCAUUGUUCAAGAUUCAAAGCUUCUUCAACACAUGAGUGCAACGGGGAUUAGUGCAGCAGCCACCGCAGCAACUCUGGCUUUGCCCACAGGUGUCACCCCCUACCAACAGCUCAUUACCAGCCAAGGUCAGAUCCUUCAAGUGGUUCGUGCAGCUAACGGAACUCAGUACAUCAUCCAGCAGCCUCAGCAGCCCAUCCUCCUACAGCAGCAGAUGCAGCCCGGAGGAGUCCAGGCACCGGUCAUUCAACAGGUCUUGGCCCCGAUCCAGGGAGGCCUGCCCCAGCAGACUGGAGUCAUCAUCCAGCCGCAGCAGAUCGUCUUAGCUUCAGGAAACAAAGUCCAAGGAAACGCACAGGUGAUGCAGGCAGCGGCCAUGGCCCCUCAGCCCGGGCAGCCCACCACAGCAGCUCAGGUCCAGUCUGUGCAACAGGUCCAGGGGGCCGCAGCUCCACAGGUCGCCUCCUCCCAGCCCCAAACGCAGACACAGCAGCCUCCCAUGAUGCUCCAGGUGGACGGGGCGGGUGACACAUCCUCAGAGGAAGACGAGGAUGAGGAGGAAGAGUAUGACGAAGAUGAAGAGGAGGAGAAGGACAAAGAUGGAGCGGAGGAUGGACAGGUGGAGGAGGAGCCGCUGAACAGUGAGGAUGAUGUGAGCGAUGAAGAGGACCAGGAGCUGUUCGAUACAGAGAAUGUAGUAGUGUGCCAGUACGACAAGAUUCACAGAAGUAAGAACAAAUGGAAAUUCCACCUGAAGGACGGGAUCAUGAACCUCAACGGGAGGGACUACGUUUUCUCCAAAGCCAUUGGGGAUGCCGAGUGGUGAAACCGUGAAAUUACACAACAUAAAGGAGACUGAACUGUCGAAUAACUUCUCCAAUCCAGUUAACAGACAUUUCAUAUUCUUCCAUAUCCUGUCAUCGGGACAGGGACAUAUUUUUGGAGCGUACGACAAACCCAAAAGACUCUAAGAUACUGUAAAAAAAUGUCUAAAUAUCUGGGUUUGUUAGAAAGCUUUGGGGGAGAAUUGCGCCUAUAUCUGGCUGUUGUUUUUCCUCAUAUGUUCCUUCAUACGCAUAUAGAACGUAUAGUAAACAUUUUAACACUGACGCAGUGGACCAGAACAAUCCGACCUAUUCAAAACUUAAGAAUGGGUCACUCUUUGUUGACCGCCUAUAGUUGAAAAUGCUUCACAGUGCACUGCUAGUACUUGGUUGACUGGAUUAACAUUGAAGUCUCAUUACUUAGUGCCACCCAGUCAAGUUUGCUGCCUUUAGAACAGCCAGAAUUUAAUUUUUGGCCUUUUUUUUUUGUUUUCAGUUUCGAUUUGCGUGUUAACAUGGUGCUUCAGAGUGUUUUAUGUAGUUCUCGUUUUUAAUAAAUGUUGAAUGAAGGUUUAAAAUAACAAUCCAAAUUUAGAUAAUUUUAAUAUUUUUUAGCAGACGUUGCGUAUCCAAAGUUAGUUUUAACCUUCUCUGGAGCUCCAUUCCAUCGUCUAAAAAAUUUCAAAAAAUUCGUAAAUGAUUUUGAAACUGUACAACUCCUCUGUCCUGUUGCCGUGUCUCGUCUCUGUGCUUUUAAUUCUCUGCAGCUGUCGGAAAAUUUGCACUGUUCGUUAUGGUGGACCUGAGGGACAAGUCGCACGUUUUUAUCACAAAGCACAACAAAAUGAGCAAAAACACAUCAACUAAUUACUAGAAAACAUUGCCAAAAAAUAUUUUAAAAAUCUCUGAAAUUGGCCAAUUAACAAAACACGUUAUAAAACAAAUACUUCAGGGAGACAAAAAGCCUUCCCGAUUUUAUGAAAUUAAAUCUCUAAAAAUGAAUCUAGGUAUGCAAUAACAAUACAAAGCACAACAUCUAAAAGGGAAUGCCAAGACUAUUUAAAGUAAAUAAAAAUGAAUAAAUUAAUAACUAAAUAAUAAUGAUAAAUCAACAAAAUAAGAAAAAGAAUAAGUAAAUAAUAAUAAAAAACAACAAAAGUAAACUAAAUAAAGUGAUAACUAAAUAAUAAUAAUAAUAAUAAUGUAUUUAUGUUUCUUUUGUUUGUGUUUUUUUUUUUUUUUUUUAGUUGAUUAAAAAAAUACAAAAAAUAAAAUGAAGAACAAAAUGGCUAAUCUGAAAUUCAAUAUAGUUCAAAAUCAUAAAUUACAAAUCUGGAUAAUGAAACACUUUCUUUCACACGUUGAUCAUUUGGGAUUUAUGGCUGUUAGCAUGUUAUGUUUUUGCAGUUCCAAAUUGUUGUCGCUGUGACUUGUCUGACCUCCGGGCCACCGUAGUUUUGUCAAUAUCGUGAAUCCGAGUCGCCCGUCGUCUCUGCGUGUCGAAGGAUAGAUUGUACUUUUGCGUGAAUGCCGCAUCACUACCUUUUUCUUCUUGCACAAUAAUCUGCAAUCGUCACAACAGUUAGUUUUUAUGUUUUGUGGAGGCGAGUGUUGUAUUUAUUCCAAAUGGUGUAAUUAUUUGAAAGGGUUGGUAAAGUUGCACCAAACAGUGCUCUUAUAAUAAUCUAAUCUAAGUGUUCCUUUUUUUUUUUUUUUUGUUUUGUUUUGGCUGGACCGUGUUUUAAAUCAUUUCGUCCACUGUGUCCUUCCCCCCUCUUUCGGCUUUUCAUUUUAUUCAUGACUUUUAAAUGAGAAUAUUUUCUAUCAAAGUGAAUUUAACUGAAGGGGCUGGUGUGUCUAUGCCGUUCGUUUUUAGUGCCCCCGAUGCAGCAAUUUGAAAUAAAGUCUGUGUUUUUUGA